CUAUUGUUUCUCAGCCAUCUCUCUCUCUCUCUCUCUCUCUCUCGCACUAUUUUAUUUAUUUUUGUUGUUUAGAUCUCUCUUUUGAUUAUAGAUCGCUUAGGCUUUUGAUUGUUCUUCAGGAUCUAAGUGCUUUUGUUUCUGAGGACUGUAAGGAACCUUUGAUUUUAUUUUAUAGGUCAAUGAUGGCUAAUCUGAAUGCAUCAACAUCAAUAGCGUCUUCAGAAUCCUCUGAACAAAAGGCCACACAUAUGGCGGAUUCAAACAUGAGCAUGCUUCCACCUUCUUUAAGCCAUCAAAGUCGAAGUGCCUCAGAUGGUCCUGUCGCUAUCCUGUGGGACAUUGAGAAUUGCCCUGUUCCAAGUGAUGUCCGCCCUGAAGAUGUAGGUGGUAAUAUUAGAAUGGCUUUGCGGGUUCACCCUGUAAUUAAAGGAGCUGUUAUGAUGUUUUCUGCCUAUGGAGAUUUUAAUGCCUUUCCCAGGAGACUCAGAGAGGGCUGUCAGAGAACUGGUGUCAAACUAAUAGAUGUUCCAAAUGGGAGAAAGGAUGCUGCUGACAAGGCUAUCUUGGUUGACAUGUUUCUCUUUGCCCUUGACAACCCUCCACCUUCUUCCAUCAUGUUAAUCUCUGGUGAUGUAGAUUUCGCUCCUGCACUUCACAUACUUGGCCAACGUGGAUAUACCGUGAUCCUUGUUAUCCCUUCUGGGGUUGGCGUUUCAUCUGCCCUCUGUAAUGCUGGUAAGUUUGUUUGGGACUGGCCUAGUGUGGCUCGUGGAGAAGGCUUUGUACCCCCAACAAAGUAUUUAAUGCCCCCUCGUGGAGCAGUAGCUGACAUUGCUGGGUCUCUUAUGGGAUGCCAAAUCAAUGAGAACCCCGAAGGCCAAAAUGAAGAAGAAGCAAUCGUAUAUAGGGGGUUCUCACAAAACUAUUACAAUUCAAGGGAUCUAUCAAUAGUGUCACAAUCUUUAACUGAAUACAACAGUAAUUCUUCAAUGUUGCCAUUUUAUCCUACAACUUUGAGGUCACUGAGUCUUCCUUCUGGUUUGAAUGAAGUUUCAGGAGGUGUUGUUUCUUCCGGUGAUCAGAUAGAAUCUACUUUGUGGGUACAGCCUGGAGACCUAAAUGGUCUGAAGGGCCAGUUGGUAAAAAUGCUGGAACUUUCAGGGGGAUGCCUGCCUCUGAUCCGAGUUCCAGCCGAGUACCAGAAGUUUUUUGGGCGGCCUCUUUAUGUAGCAGAGUAUGGGGCAUUCAAGCUUGUAAAUCUUUUCAAGAAGAUGAGUGACUCACUUUUUGUAGAGGGGAAAGGCCAUAAGAAGUUUGUAUAUCUACGAAAUUGGAAGGCAGGCCCUAGUGCACCUCCUUUGAUUUUGACUAGGAAGGAUAAGAAAGGAAAAGGGACCCAGGAAGAGAGUAUGGAUAUUGUUACAGGUGGUGGCUCUUCAGAUGAGUUCUCAGAUGAAGAGAGAGUGGUCAUAGAAGAAAAUGAUGUGAGCAGGAGCCAAGGAAAUACUAAUCAGGGAACAGCAGCUCGUCAAGAAAUUGAUGAUCAUGGUCUUGAGCAGUUCAAGCAUGAGUUGCAAGAGAUUCUAGUCAGCUAUUCUUGUCGGAUUUUUCUAGGUUGCUUUGAGGCUAUAUAUGAACAACGGUACAAGAAACCACUGGAAUAUCAGAGAUUUGGUGUGGAUCGGCUAGAGUGUCUGCUGGAGAAAUUGGGAGAUGUGGUGGUUUUGCAUGAAGAACCCUUAACCAAGAGGAAGUUCUUGGCUGCAGUUGGUGGCUAAAAAAUAAAGCAGCUGAGAUUGUUGUUACCACUUUAUUUUCUUAAUAUAUAGAGGGGAAGUCUUUUGGUCUCUUUUGCUUUUGGUUGAUAUCAUUUUGGUCCCCCAGUAUCAAAAGUUGUGAUUUAGAACUUCAACUUUAAAAUCGAUUGAAUGUUGCCCUUCCAAUAAAAUCUGUUAAAAGUGAGCAGUUAAAUAUCCCAAAACUACAUGGAUUUUGACCAGAAAGAAAAGAAAAACGAUGUCAUUUUGGGACAAUUAACAUCUCAUCGAUGGAUCUUAACAGAGGGGUCAUAUUGACAACGGUUUUAAAGUUGAAGGUUUAAAUUGUAACUCUUGAUAGAAAAAAAAGUUAAGAGAGAUCAAAAGGUAUUUUAAUCCAAAAAAGAUAGAAAAAAAAAAAAAAUGUAAUUGUUGUUUACUCUUUCGCUUCCCCAAAACUUUCUCAGUAGAUAAUAGGAAAGUCAAACUUAUCUCCUUUCAGUUCGUCCUGCAUGGAUUUGAAGUUUUUAGUAUUGCAAAUUUCCAUGUAAGACUUGUGCACCAUGACUGAUCUGCUGCUAAUGUAGAUCUGGAUGUAAAUUGACCUGCACCUUGUUUUUGUAUCUUAUUGUUGAAUUUCCAGUAUAAAUUUGAUUUUCAUUUCCAA